GAGCGGAAGUGGGCGUGGAAGGAGGUCACGUGUUUGGGCAGGAGGGGUUUGAGAGGAGAGGCGGUCUGUGCGCGGGGUAUUCUGGGAGUGGUCGUGUACCGCUGGCAGCAGCAGGUGAAGCUGAACGGUGAACGUGGCGGGCUGAGCUGGUGAAUAGGUUCCCGCUGUUAUGGAAUCCCGGCGUUGCCUUCCUAAAGGCAGACUUUUUGCGAGAGGGUUUGAAUUUGUGGAAAUGAGCAAUCGUAAAUCAAAGAACAACUUACUACAUGGAGAAUGCCUUUCACAGGUACAAAGAAUUUUACGGGAAAGAUUUUGUCAUCAGACUCCACAUAGUAACUUAUUUGGAGUACAAGUACAAUACAGACAUUUAAUUGAACUGCUAAAAAGAACUGCUAUCCAUGGAGAAAGUAACUCUGUACUCAUUGUUGGACCCCGAGGAUCAGGAAAGACCAUGUUAAUAAAUCAUGCUUUAAAAGAACUCAUGGAAAUAGAAGAAGUGAGUGAAAAUAUUUUACAAGUUUAUCUAAAUGGACUCCUGCAGAUCAAUGAUAAAAUUGCUCUGAAGGAAAUCACAAGGCAGUUACAUCUGGAAAAUGUAGUGGGAGAUAAAGUUUUUGGAAGUUUUGCUGAAAACUUUUCAUUUCUUCUGGAAGCUUUGAAAAAAGGUGACCGGACUAGUAGUUGCCCAGUGAUCUUCAUAUUAGAUGAAUUUGAUCUUUUUGCUCAUCAUAAAAAUCAGACACUGCUCUAUAAUCUUUUUGACAUUUCUCAGUCUCCACAGACUCCAGUAGCAGUUAUAGGUCUUACAUGUAGGUUGGAUAUUUUGGAACUCCUAGAAAAAAGAGUGAAGUCACGAUUUUCUCACCGGCAGAUACACUUAAUGAAUUCAUUUGGUUUUCCACAGUAUGUAAAAAUAUUUAAAGAACAGUUAUCUCUACCUGUAGAAUUUCCAGAUAAACUUUUUGCUGAGAAGUGGAAUGAGAACGUUCAGAGUCUCUCAGAAGAUAAAAGCGUACGAGACGUUCUACUGAAGCAUUUUAAUGUCAGCAAAGACCUGAGGUCGUUACACAUGCUAUCGAUGGUUGCUUUAAAUCGAGUAACAGCAUCACACCCAUUUCUGACUGCAGCAGAUCUGAUGGAGGCAGCCCAGCUAUGUAGCAUGGAUUCUAAAGCAAAUGUUGUACAUGGACUGUCAGUCUUGGAAAUUUGUCUUAUAAUAGCUAUGAAACAUUUAAAUGACAUCUAUGAAGAGGAGCCCUUUAAUUUUCAAAUGGUCUAUAAUGAGUUUCAGAAGUUUGUUCAAAGGAAGGCCCAUUCUAUAUAUAAUUUUGAGAAACCUGUUGUCAUGAAGGCUUUUGAACACCUACAGCAGUUAGAAUUAAUAAAGCCCGUGGAAAGAACUUCAGUAAAUUCGCAGAGAGAGUACCAGCUGAUGAAACUACUUUUGGAUAAUACUCAAAUUAUGAAUUCUCUGCAGAAAUACCCCAACUGUCCUACAGAUGUUAGACAGUGGGCAACAUCCUCACUAAGCUGGUUAUGAACAUAGCAUGAUUUUAGAUCUGGCAUUUCUGACAUAAUUCACUAAAGAACUAAAAGCUAUUUUCCUUUAAGAAGAUAUGUUAUUGCAUUAUUUUAUAUUUAUAAACAUUUCUUAAUUUAUGAGAAAGUGUUGCACAUGUAGUAUCUUGGCUGUAUCUUACCUUUGAAUCACAAGCAGUUACAUGGCUUAUAAUUCCUGUCAUUGACAUAGAUUGUGCUGUAAGUAGUUCAGAAUUAGAAAAUGUGAUUAUUUUAGAGAUUAAACUAUUUUUAAAAAUA